AUAUUUAUAUAUGUCAAAAAUCAAAACCAUCCUUAUAUAUACUAUAAAUUUGAUAUUUGAUUUGAUGUAUUGAAACAAACAAAAGUAUGAUCGAAGAAUUAGAAGAAAUGAAUGAUGGGUCAAGAGAGAGAGAUGAAGAUGAUAAUAUAAUUGAAGAAAGUAGUGGUAAAAGAAGGGGAUCAUGGAAACAAGAUAUAACAUUAAGAGGAUUAGUGGCAAGUUUAUUGAUAGGAAUUAUGUAUAGUGUGAUUGUUAUGAAACUAAAUUUAACAACUGGUCUUGUUCCAAAUUUAAAUGUUUCUGCUGCACUUUUGGCCUUUGUGUUUAUUUCAACAUGGACCAAAUUGUUACAUAAAGCUGGCUUCACUACUACACCUUUUACUAGACAGGAGAAUACUAUCAUUCAGACAUGUGCUGUUGCUUGCUACAGCAUUGCUGUUGGAGGUGGAUUUGGGUCAUAUUUAUUGGGAUUAAACAAGAAGACAUAUGAACAAGCAGGAAUAGAUACACAAGGGAAUUCACCUGGGAGUUACAAAGAACCUGGGGUUGGUUGGAUGACUGGUUUUCUGUUUGUUAGUAGUUUUGUUGGUCUUUUAGCUUUGGUUCCUCUUAGAAAGAUUAUGAUUAUAGACUAUAAAUUAACAUACCCAAGUGGAACAGCCACAGCUGUGCUGAUAAAUGGCUUCCACACUCCCAAAGGAGACAAAAUGGCCAGGAAGCAAGUAGUGGGGUUCGCUAAAUUCUUCACGGGGAGUUUCUUGUGGGCUUGUUUCCAGUGGUUUUAUUCUGGUUCAGGCAAAUGUGGAUUCACAUACUUCCCUACUUUCGGGUUAAAAGCUUAUGCGAACUCGUUUUAUUUUGAUUUUAGUAUGACAUACAUAGGAGCAGGAAUGAUAUGUUCACAUCUUGUGAACUUGUCGUUGCUUGCAGGAGCUGUGCUGUCAUAUGGAGUAAUGUGGCCCCUGAUAGGUGAUCUGAAAGGCAAUUGGUUUCCUUCAAGUUUACCUGAAAGUAGCAUGAAGAGUCUAAAUGGUUACAAGGUGUUCAUUUCGAUUGCUCUUAUCCUAGGAGAUGGUCUUUACAAUUUUCUUAAGAUCACUUUUUUCACUGCUAGAAACAUAUAUACUACCUCAAGGAAGAGCCCUAAGACCAAUCCGGAUGACAACACUCAACCUCAAGAUAGCCUCCAAAGAAAUGAAGUGUUCUUGAGAGAAAGCAUUCCAUUCUGGGUUGCAGCAGUUGGUUAUGUCAUAUUCUCUAUUGUUUCCAUCAUUAUCAUCCCGAUCAUGUUUCCAGAACUCAAAUGGUACUACGUUCUGGUGGCCUAUAUCAUUGCGCCAUCUUUGGGCUUCUGUAAUGCAUAUGGUGCGGGUUUAACUGACAUGAACAUGGCAUAUAAUUAUGGAAAGGUUGCACUUUUUGUUCUUGCUGCAAUGUCAGGGAAAGAUAACGGCGUGGUUGCUGGUUUAGUUGGGUGCGGUUUAAUUAAAUCAAUCGUUUCAAUUUCCUCUGAUCUUAUGCAUGAUUUCAAAACCGGUCAUUUGACCUUGACUUCACCACGGUCAAUGCUGGUUAGCCAAGCUAUUGGGACGGCCAUCGGGUGUGUGGUUGCUCCACUCACGUUUUUCCUUUUCUACAAAGCAUUCGAUGUCGGGAAUCCAGAUGGGGAAUACAAAGCUCCUUAUGCGAUUAUUUACCGAAAUAUGGCCAUUUUAGGCGUGGAGGGAUUCUCUGCAUUGCCAAACCAUUGUUUACAGUUGUGUUAUGGAUUUUUCGCUUUUGCCAUGCUGGCAAAUUUGUUACGCGACACGUCACCAAAAAAAAUAGGGCAAUGGAUCCCGUUACCAAUGGCUAUGGCUGUACCGUUUCUUGUUGGAGCUUAUUUCGCUAUUGACAUGUGUGUGGGAAGUUUAAUUGUGUUUGUAUGGCAUAAGAUCAACAAACAAAAGGCGAACCUGAUGGUUCCUGCAGUUGCCUCGGGUUUGAUAUGUGGUGAUGGAUUAUGGAUUCUUCCUUCCUCAAUUCUUGCAUUGGCCGGGGUCAGUCCUCCAAUUUGUAUGAGCUUUCUGCCUACAAAAAACUAAUGAAGUUGGUACUUUUUUAAAGGGCAAAUUACAUGACUCUUGGCAGUUUUGUUUUAAGGAUUAGAACUUGGAUAACGAUGUAAAUGUAUGUAGAAAAUUACGAUGUUUGAUAGUAAUUUCAAUAAGCACAGCUAACGUGUUGGUAUAAAUGUAUAAUUGCACCAUUCAAAUAUUUAGAGAACAUGUGAAACAAGGUUCUAAGCA